AUGAGAGCCUUUUCCGUUUUCAUCUUUGCGUUGCUUUACAGCUUCGUUUCUGCUGAAACUCACACAUGGUACUUCCAGACUACAUGGGUUGAUGGUAACCCUGAUGGCGUUUUCGAACGUAAAGUUAUGGGUUUUAACAACACUUGGCCUUUGCCCACCUUGAGAGUUAAGCAAGGUGACAGAGUCCAAUUGUUUUUGAAUAAUGGUUUUGAUGACAGAAACACUUCGUUGCACUUCCACGGUUUGUUCCAGAACGGAACUUCUCAAAUGGAUGGCCCAGAAAUGGUUACUCAAUGUCCUAUUGCUCCUGGUGACACCAUGUUGUACAACUUCACUGUUCCUGAUCAAGUGGGAACUUACUGGUACCACUCUCACACUUCCGGUCAAUACGGAGAUGGUUUGAGAGGUGUCUUCAUCAUUGAAGAAAAGGAUGGAAAAUACCCAUUCGAGUUCGAUGAAGAUGUUGUUUUGACUGUUGGUGAAUGGUAUCAUGACACUGCAGAUGUUUUGAUUCCAAAAUUUUUGAACAGAUACAAUCCUACCGGUGCCGAACCAAUUCCCCAAAACACUUUGUUCAACAAUACCAGAAACAACACUUGGCACGUGGAACCAAACAAGACGUAUUUUGUCAGAAUCAUCAAUGUUGGUGGUUUUGUUUCUCAAUACUUGUACAUGGAAGAUCACGAGUUCGAGAUUGUUGAAGUUGAUGGUAUUUAUGUGGAAAAAAACUCUACCAGUAUGAUUUACAUUACUGUUGCUCAGCGUUACGGUGUUUUGAUUCAUACCAAGAAUGAAACUGACAAGAACUAUGCUUUCAUGAACAAGAUCGAUGAUGAUAUGUUGGAUGUGAUUCCUAAAGAUUUGAUUUUGAACUCUACCAACUACAUUAUCUAUGAUGAAGAGGCUGACAAACCAGAUGAGUACAUGGUCGAUGAACUUGAUUUCUUUGAUGACUUCUACUUGACUCCUCUCAAUAAGGAGAAGCUUUAUGAUGAAGCUGACCAUGUUGUCACUGUUGAUGUUGUCAUGAAUAACUUGGGCAAUGGUGUUAACUACGCUUUCUUCAACAACGUCACUUACACUGCUCCUAAAGUUCCUAUUAUUGGUACUGCUUUGUCUGCCGGUGAAUUUGCAACCAAUGCUUACAUCUACGGUAACGUGCAUGCUGUUGUGUUGCAGAAGGAUGACGUCAUUGACAUUCGUCUUAACAACCAAGAUACUGGUAAGCAUCCUUUCCAUUUGCAUGGUCACACUUUCCAGGUUAUUGAAAGAGGCGAAGGUGUCCCUGAUGACCAAUCGCCUGUAGCAUUUAACGCAUCUGACCAUGCUCCAUACCCUGAAUACCCUAUGAUUAGAGACACUGUUUAUGUCAACCCUCAAUCUUAUGUUGUUAUGAGAUUCAAGGCUAACAACCCAGGUGUUUGGAUGUUCCACUGUCACAUUGAAUGGCAUUUGGAACAAGGUUUAGCCCUUAUCUUCAUCGAAGCUCCAGAGGAAAUGCAAAAGACUGAGUCUCAGCAAUUGACUGAUAACUUCAAAGAAGUCUGUAAGAAUGUUGGUGUCAACUUUGAAGGAAAUGCUGCUGGUAAUACUGCUAACUACAUGGAUUUGUCUGGUGCUAAUGUGCAACACAAGCCUUUGCCAUCUGGAUUCACAGGUAGAGGUAUUGUUGCUUUGGUCUUCUCUUGUAUUGCAGGUGCCUGUGGUAUGAUCGCUAUUUCAUUCUAUGGUAUGGCUGAUGUCAAGAAUUUGGAAGAACAUGUUAUCAGAGACUUGGAUGUUGACCUUGAUCCUGAUGCUGAAGCUGAACUUUUGUCUGAGGGUGAAGAGCAGGAAGCAUCUAGCUCAACUCCCCGUAUUUAA